GACUCUACCUACAAAUAAAAUAGAUCGUUUACGUUUAAAAUAUAACUGAUGUGAUUUUCAAGUCUAUUUUAGAUAUUUUAACAUAAAAGAAGAAAGGAUGCAGAAGGUAAAAUCAAAUGAAGUAGUGCCAUCGGAACCAUCAAAGUCAAAACAACAAAAUAUUAAGAAAUCGGAUAAAAGAUCCUAUGAUAAGAAAAAAACAUUAGGACAGGGUCUAUUGGAUGUAGCAUUGUUAGCUUCAAAUGUAGCUAUACUAAAAGCAGUGAUCAAAGCAGGACCGUCUUACGAAUAUUUUGUUCCCAUUAUUGUGUUCCUUGCUCUUUCGUUAUUCGUCAUAAUUGUGGUCGCUAUUCUUUUACUGAUCAUCGGAACAACCGAAUAUAUAAACAAUAUACGAAAAAAAUCAUUGGAAAGACUUAUUAUUGCAAGCAUUAUUUUCAUUCUGUUUGUAUUGAUAUUUAAUACUUUUAUCGGUGCCCUUGGUUUAAAGGCGGACGACGAAGACGACUAAACGUAACACACAAUGAACCUUUAUUUAAUUUUAUAUUGACACUCAUACAAAUAA